AUUUAAAAAGCGAGAAGACAGCGAAGUGAGCCCAGCCGACCGAGCCCGGUCCCGGUGAGGAAGCAGAAAGGGGGGUAAAAAAGAAAAGAGCAAAGAAAGAAAAAAAGCGAUAAGCGAGCACAAAUGACAGCGGAUUUCUCCAUUGUAAUAAUUUUCAGCCUCAUAUUGGGAAGAUAGCACAUCCGGCUGUGUGCGUUGUUCAUGCUGCACCGAAAAAUGUUGGGAAUAACCCAAUGACGCCCCUCUUUCUUCCUUUUUUCCUCUCGGCUGUCCUUUAAACACAGAGGUAUGCCACAUUUAAAUAAAAGCAGUCGCUCCUGUCAGGCCACUGUAAUCUUUCGGCGUGCAGAACAAUGAGCUUGCAACCCAUGUAACCUCCUAUAGCUAGCAAGAGACAGAGAAGUAUUGCAAAUUGACAAUCAGCCAGAUCACUUUGUUGCAGGGCUAUCGGUCGUUUUUGCACAUGAAAAGCGUCUCACUGCGCGAUAAAAGAUUGAUGUGCAGCUCGGAUUGGAAAGAAAGACGACCUCCGAGGCUGUUGGAUUAAGGGUCUCUCUUUCUGCCCCAGAUAGCAGGUUUCCAUGGAGGCAGGUCCGUCCCUAAGCCUCAAACGAAGAUAUGAAGAGGUGGACAGCGGCUCUCUGUUCUCUACACCUAAGGACUCGGACGAUGACAUCUCCAGCAGUGACAGCGCAGACAGCUGCGACAGCCUCAACCCACCUUCCACCCCGUUCACUCCCACCUCCAUCCUCAGACAGCACAAGCCGUCGCAGGGCGGGAAGCGGGUUCGCUUCGAUGUGGUGACGGUGUACUACUUCCCCCGGCGGCAGGGCUUCACCAGCGUGCCCAGCCAGGGGGGCAGCUCCCUGGGCAUGGCGCGUCACCACUCCUCCAUCAGACACUACACGCUGGGCGAGUUCGCACGCGAACAGGAAAGCAGCCAAGACACACGCUGCGCCAGCACCUGCGAGGAGAAGCUCAACGCUCGCAAGAUGAAGCUGACGAGGAACGGCACGGUGGAGUGCGCUCAGGCGGACCUGCUAACUCUGGAGGACGUCUCCGAUGAGGAUCUUGACGUGGACGCCGUCGAGGUGGACGACUGUUUCUUCCUCCAGCCUCUGCCGACGAAGCGCCGCCGGGCCCUGCUGCGAGCCUCCGGGAUCGCGCGCAUCGACGCGCGGGAGAAAACCGAACUGAGAGCCAUCCGCCUCUCCAGGGAGGAAUGUGGCUGUGACUGUCGCCUGUUCUGCGACCCUCGCCACUGCGGCUGCAGCCAGGCCGGCAUUAAGUGCCAGGUGGAUCGCAUGUCUUUUCCAUGCGGCUGCUCCAGGGAUGGCUGCGGCAACGCUGCCGGUCGCAUCGAGUUCAACCCCCUGCGCGUCCGAACACACUACCUGCACACCAUAAUGAAGCUGGAUGUGGAGAAGAGGAGGACGCCCAUAGCGGGUCCCGGGGAGCCGUACACUGAAUCCGACCCCUUGUCUUCGCCCUCCUCCACUUGCCCCACGUCCCCGACCCUGUCCUCCGGCAUCGGCCUGGACUCGGAGCUGGAGGAGAGCGAGGUGCAGUCGGUGGAAGAGGUCCACGAUCUCCUGGUGGAGCAGGAUAUCCUGGAGCGGGAAAACGAGACGGCCGUGCUGCACCUGCAGAGCGCCGAGGAGCAGGAGAGACGGGAGAGAGAGGAGGCGGUGCAGCAGGAGCUGAGCUCUGCUGGGGUCGCGGGGUCACACCCUCUCUGCCUCCUGCCUGAGCAAGAAGAAGCAGCUCAAGGUGUUGAUCAGAUCCUCCUGCAGGGACCUUUUCCGACGGGCGCUACCGUCUUGUGCAUUUCUGACUCCCAGGAGGAGAGUCCGUCGGAGCUCCUCAAAGACUCUCUGCUCUACUAUCAGCUCAGCGCCAUCGAGCCCAGCGCCUUCGAGACGCUGCCUGCAGCUGAGGGAGACGAGCAGGAUGAGCCUUCACAGGGCGAGCCUUUGCAAGGCGAGCCUUUGCAGAGCGAGCCUUUGCAGGGCGAGCCUUUGCAGAGCGAGCCUUCGCAGAGCGAGCCUUCACAGAGCACAGGUGGAGCUGAGCUCACAGAGAAGAAGCAGGAAGCAAUUAUAGAUUUCCAAGGGGACACACGUCACGUCAAUGCCAGCGGACAGAUUGUGGGCGACAGUUUGACCAACAUGCACUUGUGCACAGAUGUGGAGGCGAAGAAGAGUCUCUCAAGUCCGGAUAACAACGUCCCAAAAGAGCAGAACCAGGAGUCCGGCUUGGAGAAAGAAGCAGAUCCACUGCCUCCUGAAGUUUAGCAUUAGCGUCUUUGCAGAUAUUUUGCACAAUAGCUUCAUCUAAGAUGAGUAAAUACUACAUAUUCCACAUUUAUCACAGCUAUUCACAACAUCUACAGGUGUCUUAGGCUACGUUCACACUGCAGCCUAAACCAGAGACGCAGAAAAAAACAAUUUUAUCAAGAAUCACAAUUCACAGCUCUGGAAAUCGAUUUUAAGUUGUAAGUUUUUUCUGCCCUGCGAAUAGCAUUACAUGUUCUCUCUGCCACCUAAUGUAUUUUUAAUAAUUCUUUUAUAUUUUUCUUAUUUAAAAAAGCCAGGCAGCAAAGCUAAUCUAAUGCUGGCAAUUUAAGUUACAUAAUUUUAUGCACAGACUUAUUUUUGCUUAAAUAUAAAGUAAUUAAACUUGAACAGAGAGUAAUCCAUAAAGAGAAAGUUGGAAAGUAGGACAAUUUUACAUUCACAUUGAAAAACAUUAGCUGCGUUUUUAUUACAAAUGUGCGUAAAACUGUGUUGAUGUUUCACUAAAGUCGAAACAACAUAAUUUCACAAUUGUUUCACUGUUUUCAUUAAAAAAGAAAAACAGUUAAAAUCACUUCUUCUUUGUCGUUUCUGCCAGUAGUAACAUCCGAUUGUUGAUCAUGUGACUUGUGUGACGCAAAAAAAAUCAUGUUUCCUUUGCAAUUUUGCGAAAUAUGCUUGGUGUUAGUUUUUUUCAAAGUUGUCGUGUUUAUAUUUGGCAAAUUAAUUGUCAUAAUUCCAGUUAGUGAAGUGUUUAGAUAAAUGGCAACUCAGCCGUUGAGCAGACUCGCUGCUGCACAGUAUUACCGUCGCAUCUGGAUUCAGUUGCAACUCAUGUGAUGCAAAGAAAAGUUACAAUUUUCACAAAUACACUAAUUUUGAUGCAGCCAAAAAACUUCCAUCUUAGCACAAAAGGUUCUUAUUGAAUUGUUCUCUAAAUUGGCAAAGUUAUUGUCAUAAUUCAAGUUUGCGCAACAUUUAGGUAAAUAUAAAUGCAACUAGUGACCGCGCUCGCUACUUCAUCACUGCAUGUAGUUCAUGCAGGAAAUCGCAUACAAGUCAACCACAACAGCAACAACAAAAAGUCAUUAAAAAAAGUCUGAUUUGAGCAUUAAGGCCUGCAGUGUGAACAUAGCUUUCUAGUGAGUAACAUUAAGUUUCUUAAGAGCAUCAGAAAACAGAAGCAGAGAUGCUGGAAGCACAUUACGAUCACUCCCAGGGUGCAGCGAGAGAAUGAAUACAUAAAAUCAACCUUAGAGGGGAUUCUGCGGGGGUGAUGAAUGCGGCCUUAUUUGGAAACCAUUAACUCAGCUACAGAAACACAGAGUGCAAAUGCUGACUGAAGCCUUUUUGUUGGCUUGAUGUAUAAUAAAGCUAUCAACGCUGAACACAAACUGCUAAUUGUGUGCAAAAUGCCGGCGUACCUGCUGGCUCUUUUUCCACCAUGACAAACCUGAUGCUGUAGUCGAGCCAAACGAAGGCGUCCGAUCGCUCCCUCUGCUAACCACACCGAAUGAUCCUGGAGAUACUUGUUUUUUUUUUGCGUACUGUACACGCAGCAUUUGCAACAUGCUGGAGAGCUGCUGUUUUUUUUGGGUCUGUGUGCACAUUGUGAAGUGAAAGCAGCACCAGCUCCGCCGCUCGGAGAUAUGAAGGAAGAACCAAGAUGGCAGUGGAUUAGCACUGGCCUUAGUUGUUACUAUCACUUACUUUCGGACUGCCGGCACAAUUGCAGUCAAAGGAAUGAGAAGAAAAAUUCACUGAUAGCUAAUUUACUGACAUUAUUUCUUGAAUUAAUGUGUCUUUUGUGAAUUAGAUGCUCUUCAGUAAUUGCAGUCUGUUUGGGAAUGAAAGGAAACGUUAUUUCUUUCACAGUGCCACAUUGUUACUCCAUAAUCAGUCAUAUGUUGUGAUAAAAUGCCAGAACAGAACUUCUUAGUCAAUUCAAUGCUUGUUUUUUUGUGUAAAGAAGUGCUGAUUAUAAAUCGAGCCAAACUAGAGUGCCUUGGAAACUAAUUUGUUCCCCUGCAACCUUCAAAAAAAGAUAAAUAAAAAAAAAUCAUGUCACAACCACAAAUUUAAAUCAAUUUUAUUGGUGUUUUGUGUGAUGGACUUACAAAUAUUAGUGCAAAAUUGAAGAAAAAGCAAAAGAUACAUUGUUUUAGGAUUUCUUCUACAGAUAUAAAUCUGAAAAGUGUGGAGUGCGUUUGUAUUUCCUGACUGAAAUUCUAACAAGCUCAGAUUGGGUGGAGAACACUUGCCACAGACUCUCAGUAGGAAUAAGGUCUGGACUUUGACUAGGCCAUUCUAACACAUCAACAUGAUGUAAAUGUAAGCACUGUACUGAAUCACUAGUUGCAUAUUUAAGCUCAUAAUCCAACCCCCUAAAAUCCCUCUUAAUCUCAAUUCAUUUGCAACAUUUAUUAUUUUUUCUUAUGAUUGUCCUGAACUCACCGCUGGUUUUUGGUAAACGGUAAACUGGCCUUCAUCAAGUCUGGACGACCUCAAAACGCUUCUCACUGCAUUCAGCCAUUCACACGCUGAUGGUGACGAGCUGCAUUUUGUCUGCUGUCUUCCUUCUUCCUGCUGUUUGUUUCAUAAUGUCCUCCAACACACCUCUGGAGGUGAAACAUAAUACCGAUAUUAUGUUGCACACAACAUAAAUAUGUGUUCAAUCGGCUGCAACUCAUGAUUAUUUUAAGAAUUGAUUAUUCUUGCAAUUUCUGUGAUGAUUAAUUAGUUAAUCGCAUUAAAAAAUUUGACACAUUCUACAGAUUUUUCAAUUAAACAUUGAAGUAGGGCUUUAACGUCAAAUGAUUCAAGGACCUUGAUUGUUAAAAUUUCUCAAGGCAAAUUAUCUAAAACUUCUUUAAAAUAUGUUUUAAUAUUUAGCACCAUGAUGAUUAUUUGUGUUGCGCAAAGCUCUGUUGUUGAUGAACGCUAAGCUGUAUUAGCAUAACAAAGGAUGACCUGCUGUUUUCUUAAUUUUAUUAGUAAAUUUCUAACUUUUUGUCAUUUUUGUCCCGGUUGACUUAUUGUUAUUAUUGUUACAGUUUAACAAAAAUAGCUCAGAAAAUCUACAGAAAAGUUAUUUAGAGAUGGAUAUGAAAAGUUUGGCUAAUACUGAUGUCCAAUAUUAACACCACUGUUAUGGCAUUAUUUAAAAAUAUUUAUUUUAUUUGUUACAAUUUUCUCGAGUACUGAAAUAACAAUUUACAACAGCCCUACACUUGAUACUUUUUUAUAUACAAUGUUACAUAAGGAAAUAAUUCUUGUAUUCAUUAUUUCCAUGAAUAUAAGGAAAUAGUUCAAUCCCUGUUUAAAAUAAGAAAAUGAACAUUUUAUAGCGUAGGAGGCAAUAAAAGGACAUUCCUUUUGUGAAUCUGAAACGAUGCCACUAUCGCUAAAACAAACUAACAUCUUAAGGUGUUUUUAUCUUGAAUGUUAAUGCAGUUAAUUAGUGCUCUAAAUAUGUUGUCGUUUUUCAGCAAACAGCCUUUUUUUUGAGUCUCUAUACUCUAAUUGACGAUAAAUCGAUUACUAAAUUAGUUGACUGUGAUUUAAUUAAUCAAUUAAUUGUUUCAGAAGUCAUUAGUUGAUUUCUGAGGCCAGUUGGUUGCACUGGAUUUUAUUUCGGGGUAUCAGUGUGAAUUCAAAAUCAUGUCACAUGACAAAAUAUGAAAACGUUCAAGGGGUAUAAAUACGUUUACGGGGCACUUCGAAAAUAAAAAACAAGCAUUUGAGUUAAUUGUAAUCUGCAACAUGUGCAGCUAAAAGUACUUACACCAAUCAAUGUGAUGUUAAUAAUUUAUGAAUCAGACUUACAGCUUGAUUUUGUGUGUCUGAAAUGUGUUUGUGUAUUAACCUACUUUACUGUCGUACGUCCAUGUUGGUGAGAAAGUUGCGUUUUAAAUCCGUGUGCAUGCAUGCGUGAAUGUUACUUAGACUAUUAGAGCUGGAACUUUAGUAAGAAUGCGUAUUUUAAACCUAAAAGGUGCUGAUGUUAUAGAUUUACAACUUACACUUGUGAACCGGUGGGAGGAAUGAUUUCAUGGAGAUGUUUCUUGCUGAUUGAUCCUGAACUAAAAAAGUACUGGAAAGCCUCCUGUAGAAAUGCAAUAGUUCCCGUACUGCAAAUUUUAAAUGUGCUGACAGUAAGAUGAGGCGCUUUUUCUUUUUUUUUUGUCACCAAGUGUGUAAACGCAGUCGUGUAACUUUAUUUUUACUUUUUAUUUUUUGGGUUUCUUUUCUUCAAGCUCUGUCUAAAGAACCCGGAGCUGCGGAAGCGAGCCGGCAGCUCUUACACAAAAUCUGUCCUUUGUUCUGGUGCCUGAAAUUCUCACAGUUGCUUUGGGCAACGGCUCGCCUAACACAGGAUGUGCUGCUGUGUAUAAGUUGUCUGAUGUGUUUCUUUAGCCUUUUGUAUUGUCUUUAUAUAAUCCUGUAUAAGAGCUGCAACAAGGCAGUGGUUUCAGACCUAAUUAAACGACGCCGCCAUCCAUCAGUCUUUUAACAAAGCGGUCUCCUGUAGUUGUUGUGAGGCUGCAGAUUUAUCGUGGCUCUUCUGUGCUCGUGUGACUUGCCUUGACAUGAUACCAUGUUUGAAGUAAUGAUGAUUGCAGGCAGAGUAUUGUUGAGCUUUUGUCUUUGGCUUUCUGCUCAUAGAUUUAGGUUUGCGACCACUGUUACCAAAUUAACUCUAGCGCUCUCUGUGUUUGUGUGUUUAACUGUAUGAAAGGGGUGAGCGAUUGUUGAGAAGACUGAUGACUUCACCUAAAAGCUGUGAGAACGGGACUCUCAUGCUACUUGUUGCCUAAAGUGGAAAAACAAAAGUUUUUAUACAAAAAUAAAAACAAUAAAGUACUUCA